AUGUCAACCGCACCGAUUGCCAAUGGUGUCUCAAGUGGUGCACAACCAACCACCUUUGACACUUCGAAUAUCUUACAAGCAUUGGAGAUCAUCCAUAACCCCAGCACCAAAAACGACGUUCGACGGCAAGCAUCGGAUUACCUAGAACAACUCAAAACCAGCAGUGAUGCUCCCCAAUAUGGUUACAUUCUCUCAACGGAUCGGUCACAACCGCCACUCGUUCGUCAUUACGGAUUGUCUUUAUUGAAUUAUAUUAUUCGUCAUGACAGCCACAAGCUUUCCGAAGAGCAGAACGAUCAACUUCGGAACUGUAUCCUGGAACUCGGCCGCACAGUCGAAUCUUCAGAUCUUGCUUUCAUCCGCAACAAGAUUUCUGAGCUCUGGAUAGAGAUGGCCAAGAGGAGUUGGGCUUUGGACUGGUUUGACCUUGACGAGCAUUUAGUCCGUUUGUGGUCUCGAGACCUCAUUCACAAGGAUUUCGUGCUCACGGUGCUCGAAAAUCUCUCCGAGGAUGUCUUCGUGCGCGAUGAUAGCAUCGCCAUCCUCCGUGGUCGAGAUCUAAAUUCGGCUGUCGUGGAGAUUUUCACCUCAAGUGCAAACUUCGCAGGAGGUAUCAAAAUUGGCGACGUGACCCGACAAGUGAGGUACGGUGAAGAGGGCUGGCUCAGCAGGAUCAAUCAUUUCCUCACUCACAGUGUCGAGGCGCAAUCUAGCAACACGUCUAUCAAAGAAGCAACAUUGAAGGCUCUGGCGGCUCUACGGUCUUCUUUCAUUUGGAUCAUGACUGCUUCCAUUGUCAACUCUAGGGCUCUGAUAACCACAUGCAAUCUCUUGACAGUUGACGAUCCGGAUCUGGUAAUGGGCGCUGUGCAAGCACUCCUUUCGCUAUAUGGAAGACUUCGUCUUGAGGAAAUCGAGGUGCAGGCACUCGUACAUCCACUGCUUCAACCUGAGAGUAUCGUGACACUAAGGCAUCUUUACUCCGCCUCCGUUGUCUCGAUUGAUGAGGUUGAUAGCAGCAAAUAUGUUCUUUCGAAGAAGUUGUCUGAGCUCAUGUCUCUUCUCUCUGACCACAUCUGUCAUUAUACAUCUCCUGACCCUAACACCCUGGAUCUUGCGCCCUUUUUGCACUUUCUUACCUAUAUGGCCGAGCAUGAAAGCCUCAUAGUUUCUAUCCCAAUGAUUCAUUCCUGGGUGAAGCUGCUUGAGGUACCAUCAUGGCGCAAGACGCCUGCAGUCUCUUCUUGUAUUGGCCCAAUAUUACAAGUUGCAUCCGAGCGGCUAAUUCAAUAUGAUCAACUACCAGAAGACACCCAAACACCCGUUGUGCUUUUCGUGAACGAAGAGAUAGAACUAUUCCCCGAGCGCCAAGGCUUUUAUCUCAACUACCGCAGGCUUUGUUCUGCGGUAAUUGAGUGGAUUUGCUACGCCCAACUAGAGAAUGCGAUGCAGGCCGUCUUGAAGAGAGUUGACGAUCUUCUGGAUGAAAUCCAAGCAAUUGAACAGCAGCUAGACAUCGCCAGAUAUGAAAGAUUUUCAAUGACAUUUCUAAGGGCGGAUGCUGAUUUCGCCAUAAUCGAUGCGGCUUUCAAAGGCUUUGACCGCUGGCAAUCCGCGCACAAAGACCGACUGACCCCUGAACAGGAACAGCUGGGAAACAGAAUCAGAGAGAGUAGUAAGAGCUGGAUGCUCAGCAUGAUGGAAAAGAGAGUCUUCAGAGAUCCGCAGAUAAGGCAUCGUCAAAUCAAAAGUGCGGUGGAGGUGUCCAACAGAGCUCUACAGAAGGACACCGAAUUUGCCUUUAAGGUUUUGGAGCACAUCCUUUCCUCUUUCAUCAUAAAUCAUGAGCAACACCAAUUGUUUGCGGAAGCUGUUCAUGAGCUCCACAGCUAUGCUGUUAGCGAACUCAGGAGGCUCUCACUCCAGCAUGCUGACUACUUUGUUACUUUCUAUGAUCAACUCCAAGCCAAGUUCACAGAGCUCAUAAAUCAGCUUGGCGCUGAUGAACGACUUCAGAUCGACCUCAAAUCAACGCUAUUCUCUGUCGUGCAGCGUGCAUCGGCAGUUGACUAUUCGCAACGCCUGACAAAAUUGCAAGGAUUUCUUGAGCCACUUGCUACAGCAUGGGCAGAUCAAGGAUUGCAGGCUACACUUCAAGACUUACGUAGCUUUGCACGCUCUCAAGCAUUCGAUAAAGUAGCCCCAUACUUGCGAGAAAUAGGUGCUGCGACCAUCGAAGAUUGGUCCCAAGUAGCCUUUGAUGACCGUGGGGCCCAAAUUCAGCAGGAAAUGCUGAGUGGUUUCGCCAAAUUGCCUCUGAGGGAGACGAGGAUCUUACUGAGCAUAUCAACCGAAAGACUGGAUCAGGAUUCUCCUCUCCACGAAAUGAUCACUAAGUUGUGGUCCCCGUUGAUACCGAAUAUGCUGACUCAUGUGCUGAGCCUGACGAGAUAUAAUCACCAACUUCAUGACCCGAGCUCCUGGCCAAAUGUUUCGCCGAACAUGGAACCCGUAAUUCGGCGGCUGUUGCGAGAUAGGUACUGGCAAUCUGGAAUCUCAGCAGGGUCCAUGAAUGCGUUUCACAACCAGGUCAAAUCAACGCGUUCAACUCUCGAAGGAUUUGCAUCUUCGGUACGUGGCAGGGUGCGAAAUAACCUGGAACAAUGCUACAGCAUUCUUCACACACUCGGCAGACUGGGUGAUGCAUUUUACAGCUUGCAGCAGCUUCCAGCUAUGAUUGCUGAAGCAGCCAUUGCCACUGCCAACCCUUUGAGUCCGCACCACUUCUCAGUGAUGCUGCAGAUGCUCCCUAAGCUCAUAGACGAAUGCCCACCCAGUAGGCGGCAGGGUUUUCUGACACCCAUACUUGCAGCGCUCCUAGAGCAAAUGGACACAAAGCUGUCUAGCCAAUGGGCAGCCAUGAACCUACGAAAGCAGACCAAGCACGAUGAAGAGAACCUGAGCGACGAGAUGCGAGACGACUCGGUCCUCAGACAAACCACCUACAAGGCCGUCAAUCUGGUCGCCCAUUGGCUCAAUCCCAAGCGUGAACAACAGCUCAGCACCAAGAAAACCAUCGUAAAUGGCGAUUACCUGACCCAACAAAACCAACAAUCGAUGCGCGAAUUCUUCCUGUCCAACACGCACGUGCUCGAUCGCCUCCUCGUCUUCAUCGACCACUCCCUCGGAUUCAAGGAUACACGAUGCUGCUACACGAUGCUCGUGGCCGCUCAACGCCUGGUCCCGGACUUCGCGACCGCACAGUACAUCUCCGGAGACGCCGCAGACGCAGUGCGGGGAUUCAUCUCGACAGAAAUGUUCAAGACGGCGAUCACAUGCCUCAACGACGGCUACUUCGCCGACCACCAGCAACACUACGCGCAGCUGAUCGCCACCAUCUGGAUCUCGUACGGUCUGCCAGCACACAUCCCGGCGACGGAGUCUGUGCCCGCACACGACCGCCCACCCCUCACCACUGCGCCGAGAGACGUCAUCCUCAGCCUGCCCGGCAUGACGGAAGCCAAAGUCGACAGCGCUGCGGCCCAGCUGCUGCAUGAGGGGCUUGGAGCACGGUCCAAGAAACUCCGUGCGAUUAUCCUCUCGCUCCUCGAGGGCGUCCGUGGGGUGCGGCUCAGCGAGCUCGGGAAGAUCGAUAUGCGCCAGCAACAGUCGCGGAUCUUGGAGAAGUACAAGCAGCGGGAACUUCUCACCACUGCCAUGCACGGCACGGACGAGCCUGGGAAGUCCGCUAUGGAUGAGGCCGGUGCUGGUGGCGACGACGUGGAUCUCGGCGGCGUCGCGGAUAUGUUUGCUUCCUAG